AUGGCUCAGGGAUCAGUGUCAUUCAAAGAUGUGACUGUGGACUUCAGUCAGGAGGAGUGGCAGCACCUGGAUCCUGCUCAGAAGACACUCUACAUGGAUGUAAUGUUGGAAAACUAUUGCCAUCUCAUUUCUGUGGGGUGUCACAUGACCAAGCCUGAUGUGAUCCUCAAGUUGGAACGAGGAGAAGAACCGUGGACAUCAUUUAAAGGUCAUACCUGCUUAGAAGAAAACUGGAAAGCUGAAGACUUUUUAUUGAAAUUCAAGGAACAGCAAGAUAACUAUUCUAGAUCAUUUAUAUUAAUCAACCACAAAAAACUGGUUAACGAGAACGGGAGUACAUGUGAAAAGACAUUUACUUUAAAUAAAAACCCUAUUAAUUCAAAAAAGCUACCUCCUGAAUAUGACACUCAUGAAAAAAUUUUUAAAAAUGUUUCAGAAUUAAUCAUCAGUAAUCUAAGUCCUACAAGAAGGAGACUUAGUGAGUGUAAUGGGUAUGGGAAAUCACUCCUCAAUACUAAACCAGAGAUAGCUCACUCUGGAGUCAAAUCUCAUAAUCAACUAUUGAUUCUGCAUCAGGGAAUUCACACAGAAGAAAAACCCUAUCAGUGUCAUCAGUGUGGAAAUUCAUUUAGGAGGAAAUCCUAUCUCAUUGAUCAUCAGAGAACUCACACAGGAGAGAAACCCUUUGUUUGUAAUGAAUGUGGUAAAUCUUUCCGCCUAAAGACAGCCCUCACUGAUCAUCAGCGAACACAUACAGGGGAGAAAUCAUAUGAAUGUCCACAAUGUAGGAAUGCCUUUAGAUUGAAAUCACACCUCAUUCGUCAUCAGAGAACUCACACAGGAGAGAAACCAUAUGAGUGUAGUGACUGUGGGAAGUCUUUCCGCCAGAAGACAACCCUCUCCCUACAUCAGAGAAUUCAUACAGGAGAAAAACCCUAUAUUUGUAAAGAAUGUGGAAAGUCCUUUCAUCAGAAGGCAAACCUUACCAAGACAACCCUCGUGGCACAUCAGAGAACACAUACAGGGGAAAAAUCCUAUGAAUGUCCUCAUUGUGGGAAGGCUUUUAGAAUGAAGUCAUACCUCAUUGAUCAUCACAGAACUCACACAGGAGAGAAACCAUAUGAAUGUAAUGAAUGUGGAAAAUCCUUCAGUCAGAAGACAAAUCUCAAUUUACAUCAGAGAAUCCAUACAGGAGAGAAACCUUAUAUUUGUAAUGAAUGUGGGAAGUCUUUUCGCCAGAAAGCAACCCUCACUAAGACAAAUCUCAUUGUACAUCAGAGAACUCACACAGGGGAGAAACCUUAUAUUGAAACUGGUGAGAAAUCGAUUGAAUGUAAUGAAUGUGGGAAAGCAUUCAGCCGUGGCUCACACCUUAUUCAACAUCAGAAAACUCAUACUGGUGGAAAGCCCUUUGAAUGUAAGGAAUGUGGGAAGGCCUUCAGUCGUGCCUCACACCUUGUUCAACAUCAGAGAAUUCAUACAGGUGAGAAACCUUAUGACUGCAAGGAGUGUGGGAAGGCCUUCGGUCGAACUUCAGAACUCAUUCUCCAUCAGAGACUUCAUACAGGUGCUAGACCCUAUCAGUGUAAAGAAUGUGGGAAGGCCUUUAGACAGCAUUCACAACUUACCGUACAUCAGAGAAUUCAUACCGGGGAGAAACCCUAUGAAUGUAAGGAAUGUGGCAAGGGCUUUAUUCAUAGCUCAGAAGUUACUCGACAUCAAAGAAUUCAUUCUGGGGAGAAACCCUAUGAAUGUAAAGAAUGUGGGAAGGCCUUUAGACAGCAUGCACAACUUACACGACAUCAGAGAGUUCAUACAGGUGACAGACCCUAUGAGUGUAAGGACUGUGGAAAAGCCUUCAGUCGUAGUUCAUACCUUAUUCAACAUCAAAGAAUUCAUACAGGUGACAAGCCCUAUGAAUGCAAGGAAUGUGGGAAAGCCUUUAUUCGUGUUUCACAACUGACUCAUCACCAGCGAAUUCAUACUUGUGAGAAACCCUAUCAAUGUAGGGAAUGUGGAAUGGCCUUCAUUCGUAGUUCACAACUUACUGAACAUCAAAGAAUUCAUCCUGGUAUCAAACCUUAUGAAUGUAGAGAAUGUGGGCAGGCCUUUAUUCUUGGCUCACAGCUCAUCGAACACUACAGAAUUCAUACUGGCUAG